AUGACGUCGGAAAUCGAAAAACUUCGGCAACAACUAGCAGAUGCUGAGCGGCUGCUUUCCGCGUCUGAACAGCAGCUGUCCGCGUCUCAACAGCGAUUGUCUAAAACAAACCUCCCGACGUUUCUCGAUGGCCUCCACAAACAUCUCUUCCUCGGUCUUGAGGUCCAGCCAGAUGAGACUCAGUCGACACGUGGAGAUCCCGCAAAUACAGCCAACAAGCUGCGCCCCCGAUACCUUAGGGCCUGGGACACGUUUUCAAGCGAACAAGAAGAAGUUUGGCGAUUGUUGAUGGACUCAUCGCUCGUUGAGGACAAGUUAUUCACUUCGCUCCAUACACUGGAGGAGAUGGGCGAAAACAUUCGCCGGCAGCUCAUCGGCUCGGAACUUGAUCUAAACCACUUUCUUCGCCAGACGGUCGAGGACCACGUUUCGAAAAUCGUGGAACAGCUUUACAAGGACCCGGUCCUCCGUCAAACAUUCGGUCUAAGAGGGACAAUCCGUUUUGAGAAUCAUUCUAAUACUCUGAGCCCGGACCACGAACUGGUAGAGGGUUUGCGCAGCGUGGAUAUUCGCGGUCGGCCAACACGGCGACGUUCACCGCGUUUAGCUGAGCGGCAGAAGAGUGCAUCAGACGCGGCCACUCGCGAACCGAGAACACCAUUGCCAGCCCGAACCAAAAGGCCUCGCGCUGACCAGUUUUGUGUUUACAAUAUUCCCAACCAAUUUUCGGAAUCUACACAUCGCGUGGCUGCGUACAUCAAGGAAUACAAAUCCCCACUCAAAGUGACACUGGGCCAUAUAUACGAAGGAUUGGGGGACAUGGAUGUUGACGAAGUAGUUCAGGAGAAGGAUGAUGAACCCUCCAAACUUCGGUUCCAGCGAGCGCUUAUCGGACUUCUCUCGCAGCCGUUUGACUACAUGAUCCGUGGUCUUACGCAGGUAGGGGUCUUUUCCACUGGCGAAGUAGACAUCUACUUGAAAAUUGGUGAUGAUCCUUCUACACUUUUUUACCACCUUUCCGUUCCGAAGGGGGACGUUGGAUAUGAAACUGGAUGGGAUCCUCAUUCAGAUCGCCCAAAUCGGUUACACUUAACCGCAGUGGGCCAAGCUCUCGCAUUUACACUCCAGGCUUUAAAACUUAGGCCGCGGAGCCAGGCUUGGGGAUUAGAAGCUACGAAUGCAUUGCCUAAGUGGGCAAUUGUUCCCGCGGACAUUCUCGAUGAUAUUCCUGAGCAUGAAGUUCCAUCUUCCGAAUAUCGUCCACCAAAGGCAGUCAAUUUUCUCCGGUCCCCCAUUCAACUACGGAGGAGGGGCAACCGAAGCAAGGAUCAUUGUCAAUCGUUGCGUGCGCGAAGCAAAUCUGACGAUGAGGAAGAUGAUGCCCCUACGCCGAGCCGGAAGACACGUGCCUCUCGGAACAUUGAAGGGAGGCGGCCAACAGCCGCGGGCAAAGCAAUUCCCACAUCCGAACCAAGCUCUCUCUCUAAGGAGAACCAUCGCCGUUACUGCACGCUGAAGUGUCUGCGCGGAUUGGUACACGGAGGGCAGUUGGAUCUGGCUUGCCCCAAUGUCCGUGAUCAUAGUCAUGGACCAACGGGACAUGUGAUCAAUUCAGAUAGCUUUGUCAGGAAAUUGCAACAACAACUGUCUGAAACUGUCAAUGCAGGCUGUGAAGCCCUCGGUGUACACGGUUCUCGAGGCGCCCUCCUGAAAGUGACUCUUCUAUCGCACGGUUACACAGUGCCCGCGAAAUGCACUGUGGCGGAGUUCCGCAAUCAUCUUCGGCAUGAAGCAGCAGUAUACCGCAAGCUUGAGUCGAUCCAGGGUGUACACAUACCUAUUUACCUUGGAAGUAUUGACAUGGCUCAUCCCUUUAGCUAUGAUGGGAUUGCCUACCUCGACCACAUGAUGUUGUUGAGCCCAAGCGGACAAUCCCCGGACCUAGCACUCAGGGAGUUGGGCCGAACGUGUCUCAUUUCCAAGAUGACGGAAUCUCUAUCAGCGAUACACAACAGAGAUGUAGUUCAUAAAGACCCGGCUCCAAGGAAUUGGUCGUACAAUUCCGAAGUCAAGAAAGUAGUCUUCUUCGAUUUUGAAAGAGCCGAGAUUAUCGAAGCUCGACCGGUAUUAGGCAUGAUCUCACCAAACCGCAAACGCAAAAGGAUAGGACUGGGUAGUCUGGAUAAGAAGCAUUCAGUUUCUGAGUUUGCGGAAGAAAUAAACAAAGCAGUGCACGAGAUGCGGUGCUUUCGUGUACCGCAUGCUCGGCGGGACUAA